GAGGAAUUGAAGAGAUGCAGACGAUCAAAGAACGAAUGGAAUGAAUUACCGCGCCCCUCUGAUUGGCGGAGGGCUCUGCGUCUCGCAGAAGCUGUUUACUUUUUUAUAUAUUCGAUCAGGCUCGCAAUGACAUAACAAUGCGUGAGACAGACGCGAGCAAAUAAUUUUUUACAUGUGUGGCUGUGCGCUAUGAGACGCCGUUGGGUCGUGACCAACAUUAUUCAAAGCAUGGGAACUUACAGAUUAGACGAAGAAGUGAGAGAGGGUCCUACCUAGGUAAUUAUGCCCGUAUAAUAAUAUUUAAUACGGAGUAUGCUGGGCCAAGACGCGACUGAUCCCCUUGAGGCAGUGCUGAAAGAAGUUGUUGAACUUGGGCUAUUUAUUUAACGAGCGUACGUACGUACACUGAAUAGGCGCCCUUCCUAGCACGGACUUGCACGGACUUGUUCUCCGGGUAUUAUCGUCGCCACUUCCUCAGGGUUAAGUCGAAUGCGCCCGAUCAUAGAAUAAUAUAUAGACCUAUUCAAGCCUGCUCUCUAACAACAGAUAACUUGGGGCAUAUCUUAAAAGGAUUACAUAGUUAUUUUGUUGUAUCCGCUGCGAUCAUCCUCGCCUGUCGAAACCAUGAAAUUUUCAUACACUCUUGCGCUUUGCGCUCUUCUUUCGCUCUCCUCCACAGUUGCGCCGCGCAAUAUCAUAUCAACAUUAGACGUCAAUGUUUCAAGCAUGGAUGCUCCAGAAGGUUUUGGCCCGUCCCUCGUCACUGGCAACCUCCUACAAAAACGUAGAGGAGGAGGCGGUGGAAGGGGCGGCGGUGGUGGAGCACGCGGAGGCGGAAGGUCUGGCGGAGGAAGCGGAGGCCGCAGUGGUGGGGGAGGACCCAGAGGUGGUGCAGGGGCCGGAGGCAGGGGAGGUUCAAGCUCACCUGGUGCUAGAGCUACAAGUAACCUAGGCGGUUCUUCACGAACUGGCUCGGGAACCCCCCGCACAUUUGGCGGAGGCAGCUACUAUGCCGGUGGUGCCUCAGUCCCAUACACAGCCGGUAAAACUUCGCGGAGAGGACUGCUCCCAUUCGCCUUCCUCCCUCUCGCCGCCCUCGCCUUCUUCCCCGGCUUGUGGCUCUGGGGCGCCCACGCCUACCACAUCGGACACUAUAACUAUCGCAACACCUCCGACCCCAACGCCAACGCAACCCAGAUCCCCAUUGAAUGUCUCUGUCAGCGUUAUAGCGUCUGCGGCUGCGAGGAGAACGAUAACGCGACCUAUAUCAAUGAGCUGCUCAAGCAGAAGGAUGAGCAUGGCAUGCCGACGAAUACAACGACGGUUAGAGUAGUGCCCAAGGAUGAUGGGCCGACGACUAUCUAUGUCAAUGGCAGCUUGGCCAAUGGGACCACAAAUCCAGAUCCGUCCAUCCCGGAAAACAGCGGGGUACCCAUUGUUUCUCCUACGCUAUCGAAACUGGGUGGCUAUUGGCUUAUAACUUCGUUGGUUGUUGCGGCUGUGACGUUGAUAUGAUAUGAUAUGAUAUGCGACGAACGUUUAUUCACUUUUUCACCCCCAAUCCCCCACUUUUUGCUUCUUGCUAUCCGCAUUUGAGCCUGAUAAAUUGCGGCUUGGGAUGAUACCUAUUUGCUUUUUCUUUUUAUGUCUAUUGUUACAGACUUGCGUUCAACCUGGUUGGGUUACUGUCAUGUACGAUAUUCUGGUCCGUGUGUUCGCCUUGCCCUGCCGUGAUGUCUGCGGGUUGGCUUUAUUUCUUUCUCUCUCUGCUUGCCCGUCUCUUGUAUAUAGUGGUUCUAUUUCUAUUACGAUUCAUCCUGUACCGUUUAACGCCCCGGCAAUAUGUUUGUCUGAAUUGUGAUAGCAGGUCCAAGCCGACCGACCCAUUGAUAGACCAUCGACAGUUCAACCGUACCUUGGGGACUGCAUGUGGUAUUCUUCACUUGGGGAAACCCAUGUAUUGCUAGACAGGGGGAAUUGGAAAAUGAGGAAAGGUAGGACGACAUGGAUAAUGGCGGCGUAAAACAUUUUCCAUUAUAUGAUAAAAUAAUAAUGCUUAAGGAUGAAUGAGUGGAACUUCAUUUCCCUAAAUGAAAUAAUACAAUAAUACAGAGAGAGGAAGUCAAUACUUAAUACAACUAUAUACGUACAUCACCCAAAAGGUUCUAUUCCGCCCCUUCCUCCUUGUAGGUAGCUUCAUACCUGUGCGAAGAGAAA